ACGCAAUCCCUGCGGAAACCCUAAAAAUCCAGCUCGCUGGCCUGCACAUAUGGCAGCAAGAAGAAGCCCCCGCAGAAGCAUUGCCAUUUGCUCUCGACUUCUCCCUUCAAAUUUUUAGCUGGAGCCUCCUCGUGAGGACGAUGGCGGGGGUCAAUGUGACGGCUAUUGAAUCGCUGCCAGGCGAAGAUGCUCAUGAUUAUAGAGCAAUCUUCGUCCGCUCUGAACUGGAGGAACCACCAGCUGCUUGUCCUUUGAUGGCUUGAUAAAACACUUUAAGCUGGGUUGUCGCAGAAAGGCAAUGGAGAAUUCAAAGGGAUGCGGCAGCUCGACAGUCUGGCUGUCGAUCUGUCUCCUUUUGAUCGCAUCUGCUGCUAUCGUAGCCACCUACGGAUACGCCACCGUCCAAGUGCUCAAAGACUCCAUACCUCAUUCUUCCCUUGAAGCAACUCUCUCCAGUCUCCGAAGCCAACUUGUGAGAUUUGAUUCUCACCUAGCCGAGUCAGAAGCGGGUAAUCCAAGUUAUGCUGAGAGGAGAAAAGAGCUGCUGCUGGAGAUCCAAGAGCUUAGACUGGAACUAGAGGCGAGGGCUGAGCUGCUAGGCAGCAAUUCCAGCUGCAGAAGGUCGGGUCGAGCUCAGAAUACACAGGGUCUGGGUUCCCCGUCGAGUUUUGAGCAGUCAAACGAGUGGUGUGAGAUUGAUGCUCAUGAGUCAGCCCUCAGGAAGCCCCACCCUCCUGAGUUGCACCUGCCCAAGGUUUUUGUGUACAACCUGCCGAGCACGUUCAACAGGGACAUGGCACGCAAAUUUUCACGCUGCUCCACAGACCAAUACGGCACCGAGGUCUGGUUCCACGAAGCAUUCCUGCAGUCGUCAGCCAGAACCACAGAUCCUGAAGAAGCAGACUUUUUCUUUGUUCCCAUUUACGGCGAGUGCUUCCUCUGGUUCUGGGAGAUGCACAAAAAGGAGGGCCGCCAGAAGUCGUUUGACUACACCAACCAACUCUUCAAAGUGGCUCUAAACAUCGUCCGAAAGGAGCACCCGUACUGGAACCGGACCGAGGGGCGGGACCAUAUCUUUUCGUUCCCAGGGGCUCGAGGCCCAACGAUCUUUUCGGACUGGCGGACGCACAUUGGCAAGAGCAUUUUCCUGACGCCCGAGGGGGACCGGACGAUCGACUACUUCAAUACGUGGAAAGAUAUUGUCAUUCCGGGAAUGGAAUCGGACCCUGUCUUCUAUCUCCCAAGCUCGCGCGCGGCGAUCUCAAAGGAGAAGGACCUGCUCGCGUACUUUCGGGGGACGAUCGACCACUGGGAGGGGAACGCGUAUAGCAAGGGGAUCCGGCCGCGGAUACGGGACCUGCUGCAAAACGAGACCGACAUCAUCUUCAAGCAGGCGAGCUCCGACUGCGACCGGGAGUGCUACCACCGGGAAAUGUCUCGCGCCAAUUUCUGCCUGUGCCCGCUCGGUUGGACGCCCUGGACGCUGCGCUUCUACCAGGCGGUGAUGACCCGGUGCAUCCCGGUGGUAGUCGCCGACGACAUCGAGUUUCCUUGGGAGAACGAGAUCGACUACUCGCGGUUCGCGAUCAAAGUGCCGGAAGCCAAGAUCGACACCCUCGUUGAGCUGAUGCGCGGCAUGCCCGAAGAAGAGCGCGAGCUGCGGCGGCUGGAGAUGGACAAGGUGUGGCUCAAGUACACGUACCAGCGGCCGCCGCGCGAGGGUGACGCCUUCCACAUGCUGCUCCGGGAGCUAGCACGGAAGACGCGGCGGUUCAAACACUCAAGCCAGUACACGUGGACGUAACGAUCAGACGGGGAAAUGACCACGGAAGCUGGUCGAAAAUGGCCUUUUGUGUCGACAGCUCCUGUCAAUUUCAAACUUCGCAACCCACGAUACAUCCAUCCUCCUCAUGUUGUAGAACGUUGAAAAGGUCACGAACGAUGUCAGUGACUAUCAACGGCGUCGUCGAGUCGACUUUUGCAAAGCGUAUCUUAUGCUUCAUUUAGCGCUUCGGUAUCGUCGUCUUGCCCUUUGAAGCGGUUGCAAUAAUGCAUGGAAUGACUGUUUAGGCACCUCGACAAUUAAAGUGUCAGAGGGAACGGCGUGUGACAUACGUUUUGCGCAAGAUGAUGGUUUCGGACGGUCG